UCUUUCUUUUCAUCGAAAUCAGCAAACAUGGUUGUACGUAUAGUUCCUUAAAAUUAUUAAAAAAUACAAGGUUUAGCUACUUAAUUAAGUUAAAUAGUUUAGAAUAUUGUAAAUAGUGAUAGACUUUACCAUAAUUGAUCGAAUGCUGCUCCAAUUUAUGCAGAUUUAUCGAUAAAUUAUGCAAAUGUAAAGUUUUCAUUGUGAUAUAGACUAAUUCAUUGUUUUAUAUCCUUUAUAGUCACUCAUUAAGAGAAAGAAGACCAGAAAGCUUCGUGGUCAUGUCAGCCACGGUCAUGGUAGAAUCGGUAAACACCGAAAGCAUUCUGGUGGUCGCGGUAAUGCUGGUGGUAUGCAUCAUCAUAGAAUAAACUUUGAUAAAUACCAUCCUGGAUACUUUGGAAAAGUCGGUAUGAGAAACUUCCAUCUUAAUCGUAAUCAUGAUUUCUGCCCAACACUAAACCUUGAUAAAUUAUGGGCUCUUGUUGGACAAGACAACUACGAAAAGGCAAAGAAGGAAGGCGACAAAGUUCCAGUUAUUGAUAUCGUUCAAUUCGGCUACUACAAACUGUUGGGUCGUGGGCAUAUUCCAAAACAGCCAAUUAUUGUUAAAGCUAAAUACUUCUCACAGAAAGCUGAAAACAAAAUCAAGGCAGCCGGAGGAGCUUGCAUUUUAAGAGCAUAAACAAAUUUGUAACGAAGAACUUAUGCUAAGAAAUAAAACAACAUUGUCCAUGAUAAAAGAAAUAAACAUCCAAAAAAUUGUUUGCUAUAUUAA